AUGUCAGCCUUUUUGCCUGCUUUGCCCUCUCCCAAAAGCUGGUCACACUUUCAAGAGUACACUGUAGUCUCGAAUGAAGUUUUCCGGGAGCUACAAAACCGGACUACCAUUCCGGAAAACGACUGUCACAUGGUAAAUGCGUCGGAGUUGCACAAAGACAAGAUGUUCCUCUGGCUUCCGAAAGACAACAACCUCUGGUGCAUACCGAUAUCUCGGGGUGAGUUGGAAAGAAGGAGUGAUUGCUAUCUGAUGGUUGCCGGCGAUUUUGAAUCACUCGAGGAGACAGCUAGAGUCAAACGGGGAAAGAAAGCCAGAAAUGAAGCCAAAUGUGCUGUGGCACUGGUGCGCAAGGAUGAUCAUGCACACUUGGGGUACUACGAGUGUCAUUGGUACAAUGAGUGGGUGUGGGCAGGAGGUCGUCCUGGAGAUUAUAUUGCACACCAGCGCCCUUUCUGA